UCGGGCGGGGCCGCUCGGGCCUCCCCGUGCGAUAGCGGCUGGGCCGCGCCGCGCCAGCCAGGCCCGCCCAGCCCCGGCGGCGGUGAGGGAGAGGGGGAGGGGGACGGAGAGCUCCGCGCGCUGCCUCCCCCGCAGCGCGCGCCAUGGCGGCCAACGAGGACCAGGAGAUGGAGCUGGAAGCGCUGCGCUCAAUCUACGAGGGAGAUCUGUGCUUCAGGGAGCUUAGCCCCGUUUCCUUCCAGUACAGGAUAGGUGAAAGUGGAGAUCCCAAAGCCUUUCUAAUAGAAGUUUCUUGGCCAGAAACAUAUCCACAAACAGCACCAGUCAUAUCGAUGGAUGCGUUCUUCAACAACACAAUAUCUUCAGCUAUUAAGCAAAGUAUAUUGGAUAAGUUAAUGGUAGAAGUUGAAGCGAAUCUUGGAACUGCUAUGACAUACACACUUUUUGAAUAUGCCAAAGAUAAUAAAGAGGUGUUCAUGGAAAAUCAGCCUGUAAACACUGUGACUUCAGUAAGCAAUAGUAUUGCAACUGGAACUCCUGAUGCACCAGCAAGUAAGAAAAAAGAUAAAAAGGAGCAGUUAUCCAAAACCCAGAAACGAAAACUAGCUGAUAAAACAGAUAAGAAAGGGGAGCUUCCACGAGGAUGGAACUGGGUAGACGUAAUUAAGCAUGUAAGUAUUUUCAAGUUACCUUUUAUUUUAAUGUUGAAAAGAUUUGCAAGAAAUAGUAUGAAACGUUGCUCAUUUGGGAUUCAUAUUUACAUAUUUCUCAAAUGCUUAGUGUGGAGUACUAGAGUCAGACUUUGAUUCCUCUUUGUUGGUUUAGUAUUUCUUUUUUAUUUAUUGAGCAAUUAAAUUUUCAUUUUACGAUGAGAGGGCUUUGCUAGCUAAAUGCACUGCAAAUAUUCUGUCUUCAUAUGGCAACACGAUGUAAAAUAAAGUUAGUGGUGCUGCCACGUUUUGGAGGGCAAUGGAUGAGUAAGCAGAAAAAGGGAGCUAUCCCAAGUGGGAGCUCCUUCCAGUCUCCUACAAGCCAGAUCAUUCUUGGUCACAGCUCCUCCAGUGAAUAAUUAUUUUCUGCUUGCUCCCUCAGCAUUGUUCUUCCACCCUCUUGUCUUUUCUGAUUCAGUGGAAAUUAGUAUAGCUGCUUGACAAUUUUGAAAGCAAACUAUUUUAUUUUAUGCAACUAUGAGUAAUUUUUGGUGUAAGAUUAGCACCAUUUCCAAUUGUUAAAUAAGAGCAAGUAAAUUAUGAUGGUGGGUUUUGGCAGAGUCCUUCUGAGUUAAAAGUGGCUAUUUGUAGUGGAUGUCUUUUAUUCCAGACAGAUUUCGCAAUCAUGUGCACUACAUUUAGUAAUUAUAAACUUAGUUUUAAAAAGUGAGAAAUAGUAAGUUAAUGUCUCAUUUUGUAUUGUGUAAAUUUCUAUAUGGAAUUCUCUCAGAGAUCUGUGAAGAUAACUUGUUCCAUUCUUCAUCUUUUUUAUUUUGGAGAGCUGGUGACAGAGUCUUCAGAUUAAAUAGAAAUGGUACCCUGAGGUUUUUCUGGGGAGUGGGGGUGGUGUUUUUUUUAAAAUCAACUUCCACGUUCAGGAAAUAAGUUCAUUUAGUGUUUAAGCUUAAGAAAUAAUUUUUGAUGCUUUUCAGUCUCCUGGUACAGUAGUGCAAUCAGUCUGUUUUAUUAAUUAAGUAUACAUAUGCUCUAUGUAAGAUGGAGAUAAUGUUGUUCUUGUUUCCUAAUAAAUGGAAUGGCAGUCUAAACUUUGAA